AUUGUAAAUUUGAAUUUAGCACUGAAAAGUAACCCCAGGUAAAACUAGAGAAUUUACAUUUUGUCUGUUGGCCACGCUCGCUGUCAACGAAAAAAAAAACACGUGGGGUUAACAUUUCUAAACAAUUUCUGUUUACUCAAUUUUACGAUAUUAUGGAUGUUCUGAGCCGUCCUGCCGAAGAAUUCGAGAAUGACCAAACCUUGGAAGCAAUGUGGGCCAUGAAAGCCUACGAACACGCCGAAAUUUACUUCAAUAUUUUGUGUUCAGUUGACCCAAAAUACCUUAAAUUGACGCCAAUAGACGACAUAAUCUACAAAGAAUUUCGGGAGGAAUUCCCAAAUUUAAGACUGAACAUAAUCGAGGAGAAUGAACUCAAAAGUGAGAAAAGCAAAGCCAAGUGGCGGCCGUUUUGUGAAAAGUUCAAAAAGUGCGUAGAGGACUACAGUUUUGGGACUUUGUUACGCAGUGAUGCAUCCAAAAGUUACACAGAAGACAACACAAUUCUAGUGACGCGAAUACAAUUUUACGCGAUCGAAUUAGCCCGAAACCGCGAAGGUGUCAACGAUAAUUUACGCAAGCAUUUCCCAAAAAUUGAAUAAAACACGAUUAAUACAAA